CCCAUGACAGAAGCGACUCCAGCCUCCGAAGAAGGUCCCCCGCCUCCCCCAGCUGAACCCCAAGCCCCAACCCCUGAACCUAAGCCCGAGAAACCAAAGGCAGAGCCGCCCAGCUCCCCCCUGUCCUUGGCUGUGGAAGGAGUGAAUGAAAACUCGGUUACGCUGACCUGGAAAGCCCCAGAGCAGACGGGCCAGUCAGGCCUGGAUGGAUACGUGGUGGAGAUCUGCAAAGAUGGAAGUACAGACUGGACAGCUGUGAACGAGGAGCCUUUUCUUUCCACCCGGUACACAAUCCAGGACCUUGGCUCCGGUGACAAAAUCCAUGUUCGGGUGAAGGCUGUCAGCGCCAGCGGUACCAGUGUCCCGGCUACUUUGGAGCAGCCAGUCCUCAUCAGAGAGAUCCUCCAGCUCCCGAGGAUCCGCAUGCCCCGUCACCUGCGGCAGACUUACGUCAGGCAUGUUGGGGAUGCUGUGAACAUCAUGAUCCCUUUCCAGGGAAAACCACAGCCUGAGGUGAUCUGGACCAAGGGUAACCAGCCCCUGGACACCAGCCGCAUCAACAUCCGCAACACAGCGAAGGACACCAUCUUCUACAUCCGCAAUGCGCAGCGCAGCGACUCGGGCAAAUAUGAGCUCGCCGUGCGGAUAAACGGAGCAGAGGACAAGGCUACCCUGGAUAUCCAAGUGAUUGAGCCACCGGGCCCACCCCAGAACCUGAAGCUGGUGGAUGUGUGGGGCUUUAAUGUGGCCCUGGAGUGGACCCCCCCCGCGGAUAACGGGAACUCCGAGAUCAAGGGCUACAUGGUGCAGAAGUCAGACAAGAAGAGUGGGAAAUGGUUCACAGUGCUGGAGCGCUGCACCCGCACCAGCUGCACUAUCUCCGACCUCAUCAUUGGCAAUACCUACUCCUUCCGCGUGUUCACGGAAAACGCCUGCGGGCUGAGCGAAAAAGCAGCCGUCACCUCUGGGGUGGCCCACAUCAAGAAGACAAAAACUGCUUACCAGCUAGAGAAGAUCCCCCAACGGGACAUGAUGGAGGCUCCAAAGUUCACUCAGCCCCUGACAGACCGAACCACCACGCGGGGCUACAGCACACAUCUCUUCUGCUGUGUCCGGGGCUUCCCCCAGCCCAAAAUCAUCUGGAUGAAAAAUCAAAUGGAGAUACGGGAAGACCCCAAAUACAUAGCGAUGAUUGAGCAGGGUGUCUGCUCCCUGGAAAUCCGCAAGCCCAGCCCUUUUGAUGGGGGCAUCUACACCUGCAAAGCUGUGAACCCCUUGGGGGAAGCCUCAGUAGACUGCAAACUUGAUGUGAAAGACCCUCCCUGGAUGCAGGAGGACGCCCGCCCACCCACACGCAUUAUACGCAUGUUCCUCAAGUAG